AUGAAUAAAGCAGGCAGAUUAGAUUCUAAAAAUAGAAUUAUCAAACCGACUCCCACUGAACAACGCCGAUUAUCACAGCCAAAUUCUCAUCAUAAAUUUGAACAUGUACAUACCAAUAGUGGAAUUCGAUUAUUACCAACUCAUCGCCAUCAAGAACAUAUUGACGAAUCGUGUCAAUGGAGUUCAAUGUCUACCAGAUAUAGUGAUCUUAUGAAUAAGCAUAGCAGUGAAGCGAUGACAACAACAACGACAGUAUCAAAAGGCAGAUGUUUAAGAUAUAAGUCAGAUUUACAGCGUACUUCAUCACUUUGGUCGUAUUUUUACAAUUUUAAAUUAAUAUUUGUUCUCUCAAUCGUCUUACUGUUAAUUAUCUAUUGGUUUUAUCGUCGUAAACGUCAGUCAGAAUCAGAAGAUGAUCAAGGUGAUAAUAAUGAAAGAAAAUCAUCCUUAUCAUCUUUAACUGACGAAAAAGAACAUCCAUCUCUUACGCUCUAUCCACAUCCAUCUGAACAUCAUCACUACAAUGUAUUAGCAACAAUUACAGAGGAAAAUCCUUCAACAUUAACUCCAACAUCAUCAUCAGCAAAUUUCAAUUAUUCUAUUAAAGCAACAUCACCACCCGCACCACCACCAUCACCACAACCACCACCGACAACAGAUGAAACUGACUCAAGGUUUACACUAACCAUCGAUAGUGCACCACAACUACGUCAAAGGAAAUUACCAGAGGAAAUUACUAGUUCAACAGAUGCAGACUACGUACAAAUAUCACCAAAUAAUUUUAAAAAUAACGAAAAUAAUAAUAAUUCAUGGGAAAAAGUUGAAAAAGCAGAAACUGUUGAUUUGAGUGGAUUAUCAUCCCGUAUUCACAGUCAUCAACAACAAAAACAACCGUUUACAGUGGGAGUACAUGCUCAAUUUGAAGAUGUAGCAACACAAGCACUCAUUGAACCCGAUAAUAGUCGUCCAGUUAUCAUUAGAAAAUUUUGUGCACCCCAUUUGAAUGCUAUCAAAGAUGAUUAUAAUACAUUAGAAGAAUUAAAUGAUGCUGUUGAACAAGUGGGUUUAGAUAAAAGUCAGUUGAUAUUCGGAAUUGAUUAUACAAUAAGCAACAUAGAAACUGGUAAACAAUCAUUCAAUGGUCGAUCUUUGCAUGAUAUUCAAGAUGGAAUAUUAAAUCCAUAUCAGAGUGUAAUUACAAUAAUUGGUCGAACAUUAGAAAAAUUUGAUUCAGAUACACUCAUUCCAGCGUUUGGCUUUGGUGAUCGAACAACAUUAGAUCGAAAAAUAUUUCCUUUACGUCCUGAUGGAAGUUAUUGUAAAGGAUUCAUGGGAGUUUUAGACGCUUACAAUAAAAUCACUCCAAAAGUAAAAAUGAGUGGACCAACCAAUUUUGGUCCAUUAAUCAAAGAAGCAAUUAGAAUUGUGAAAAAAACAAAACAGUAUCAUAUAUUGGUCAUUGUUGCGGAUGGUCAAGUAACAAAUGAGCGUCAAACAAAGGAUGCAAUUGUUGAAGCUUCAGCUUAUCCGUUGUCGAUUGUUAUGAUUGGUGUUGGCGAUGGACCGUGGGAUAUGAUGGAAGAAUUUGAUGAUUCACUGCCAACAAGACAAUUUGAUAAUUUUCAAUUUGUUAAUUACAAUGAUAUAUUACGAGUAACAGAAGGAAAUAUGGACUCAGAUUUUGCAUUACAUGCACUUAUGGAAAUUCCCUCACAAUAUGAAGCUAUCAAGAAAUUAGGUUUACUCAAAAACAUAUCAUCAUCAUCGUCACAAAAAUCAUAG